AUGUUUAUCCGUCUUCUCACAGUGACACUCUUCCAAUGCUACUUUACAUUUGCAGGAAAUAAUUUUAUCCAAAAGGACACAGUUAUAAGUUACUGUGAAAAACCUAGCAAUAACUUGUGCGAAAAUGGUGGAACAUGUGUAAAUGUUGGUCCUAAUGACUAUGAGUGUGUUUGCCUAAACGGUUAUUCCGGAAAGAACUGUUCAAGAGACGAAGAUGACUGCAUAGAAAAUUCAUGUGCUAUUGGAAGUACCUGUAUUGAUGGUAUAGCCAAAUAUACUUGCGCUUGUCCGCCAGGAAGAAUUGGGCUAUUUUGUCAUUUGGAUGACCCUUGUAUGCAGAAACCGUGUGGAAAUGGUUCCGAGUGCAUUCCGGACACAGCUAGUGGCGAGUUUUCUUGCAACUGCAUGAAAGGUACCACUGGUCAAAACUGCACCACUGAUAUAAACGAAUGUUUGGAGAAUGAAAAAUUGUGCUUCAAUGGUGGUAUAUGUGUGAACACAUUUGGUUCAUGGUACUGUGAUUGUCCUCUAGGAUAUAAUGAUCCUUACUGCAUGAUCCAUGAUAAUGAAUGCGAGCCAAAUCCGUGCCUUAAUGGCGCAUCUUGUCUCGACUAUGGCAAUCGUUAUGAAUGCAUCUGUCAAAAUACUUUUUAUGGCACUAAUUGUGAGAAGAUCUGCCCACCUGGUUUCGAAGGUCGGAUGUGCAAGCAGCAUCGUAUCUCACUAGAAAAUAAUCAUCUCGAAAAGUUAUUUGAGGAGCAGAUUUGUUUGCUUCAUAAUUGCUCAUCAAAAGCUGACAACAAUUUAUGUGAUUCAGAAUGCAACUAUCCAUCGUGCCAAUAUGAUGGAUUCGAUUGCACUGCUCAUUUACAACCGUUUCGGCUUUGCCCAUUUUCUGAUUUUUGCGGCCGAGUAUUCCACGAUAAUAAAUGCGAUUCGGUAUGUGAUCGUUUUGAAUGUCUGUUGGAUGGAUUCGAUUGUCACGAAAAAAGCGAAACAUGUUUGUUUGAAGAUUACUGUUCCGCUCGCUUCAAUGACGGAUAUUGCGAUUAUGAAUGCUUUACUGAAGAGUGCUAUUUUGAUGGCGUUGAUUGCACGCAGGAAAUUAAGUAUAAUAAGUUGGAAGGAGCUUUGAGUCUAAUAAUCCUUAUGAAGUCAGAUGAAUUUCUGAAACGCGCACCUGUCUUGCAAUUCAUCCUGAGCCAAGGUAUGCGAGCGAGAAUUACUAUUGCUGUUGAUCGGCAUAAUCAUAAACGACUUUAUUCAUGGAAAUCAGAUGCAAAAGGAUUGCAUGGUACAAAGGUAUACCUAAAUGUUGAAACAGCACAAUGUCGCAAGGGAGCUAACUGUCAACAUCAAAUUAGUAAUAUUGAACAAGCCGUUAAUUUCGUAGGUGCAAUGAGCGCAAACCAGUUGCUAUGGCGUGUCGGUGCACGAAUACACGCUGCUGAAGCUGAGCUAUCAUCCAGUACCACAAUUUGGAAGAAAUGGAUGGUUUAUACGCUUUCGGGUUUUGUGAUGCAAACAUUUGUGAUUGCCAUCUUAUUUACACUUCACAAAAAGCAUCGAAAUACUACGAGACAACUACAAAAGAAGGUUCAUGUGGUCGGGACGUGGUUCCCACCUACUCUGGAUGAUUAUUUCCCGCUAAAAUUGUUUAAAGAGAGUAAUGGAAAUAUUCAAAGUAAUGGUAUACCAAACAAAAAAGUUAACGAAAAUGAACAAAAGCAUCAUUUUAUCGAAGUUUGUGUGAUUCCUGAUCCUGAAGAAGAAAAAAUAUGCAAAAGAAAGUGGACUGUGCUUCAUACUCAGGCAAUGGAUUCAUUUGCAAUCAAAACUCCGAUCGACAAAUUGCUUGUUAAUACGAAAAGUAAUGAUGGAAAAACCGCACUGAUGCUAACAGCCUUGAAUCAGGAAAAGGGUGAGGAAAUCAGUUGUACGGAUGUAGAGAAUUUGUUCUUAGCUGGAGCUCUUGUCGAUGCUGUCGAUGACUGUGGUCAGACGGCGUUAAUUAUGGCCAUAAAAGCAGGACGUGCUGAAGUAGUGAAAUGCUUGCUGCGAUUUGGUGCUGAUACUGCAAUAUCAGAUAUUCAUAGUCGUACAACAUUACAUCAUGCUGCUUCUAUAAAUGCAGCCGAUAUUAUUCGUAUUCUUCUUGAAACGGAAGAGAUAGAGGCAUUUCAGGGUAGUUCACUUGAUUUCAUGCUUAUUAAGGUAGAUGCGAUCGAUGAUGCAGACUGUAGUCCUCUUAUGACCGUGGCUAAGCUUGGCUAUCGAGAUCCUGAGGCAAUUGCUCUAUUGAUCGAUGCGGGGGCUGAUAUUAACUGUACUGGUAAUCAUGUCAAUGGUGAAAUGUACAAGGGCAGAACAGCACUUCAUUAUGCCAUAAUGCAAAGUAAUCAAGAAUUGGCAAGAUAUUUGGUGGAACGAGGCGCUAAUUUAAAUAUUCAGGAUCACAUGGGACAAACACCACUGUUUUUGGCUGCUUCUCAGGGACAUGUUGAAAUGGUUCACAUGUUAGUGACCGCUGGUGCUCGACGAUACAUUCCUGAUAAUAUGGAUCAAACACCAGAAGAAAUUGCAAAUUACAAAGAAUACCGGGAAGUGGUUCAAUACUUCAGAAAUCUUCGAAUGCAAAACGACACUGUGACAAAUGGGAAUGGGAGAUCAAAAAGCAGAAAUGUGAAGAAGCCACGACUCGUUACAAUAUCACCUACGCCGCUGGAGAUGAUAUUGAAUUCCGGUACAACUGCGAUGACACCCGAAAGCUCAAAUUCGUCGAAUUCUUCCAGUUUCUUUGAUCACUUUAAGGAAUACUAUAACCUGAGCUCACAUGUCCCAUGCGAAGUUAACGCCCAAGUUCCUAGUUUACCAAAUACAAUUCUGCAGCAAAAUUCACAGCACUUCGUCCAGAUACCAUAUUCUUCCAUGAAUCAUAUGGCUAAUCAAAGCUACAAUAUGCGAAAUAGCUGCUUAACGAUUAAUGAGAAUAGGCCUGUAUCCUCAACAUCUCUUCUGGGAUUUGAACAUUAUGUAUAG